AUGUUCUCAAAGAUAGAAAUACUGCUUCUCAUUUUUUGCCUCCAUUCUUAUCUUGGAGCACUGGCUUCGGAUCCUGACGCUAUUCAAGACUUCUGCAUACUCAAUGCAGAAGUUGAUUCCCAUUCCCAUACCAAAGAAGCGUGCAAACCUUCAACCCAGAUCACCCCAGAUGACUUUGUCUUUUCAGGUGUAAAAGCCCCUGGAAAUUUCUCGGAUGAUGGCCUCUCAGCAAUACUAGUGACACCCAAUUCUUUUCCAGGACUCAACACCCUGGGGAUGUCGUUUGUACGUUUCGAUUACCAGGCUGGUGGGAUCAAUCCACCACAUUAUCACUCUAGAGCAACGGAGAUUGCUUUUGUGGUGAAAGGGAAAGUUUAUGCUGGUUUGGUGGAUUCUAACAACAGAGUUUAUGCUAAGGUGAUUGAGGAAGGAGAAGUCAUGGUCUUCCCAAAGGGUUUAGUUCAUUUCCAGAUGAAUGUUGGCAAGUCCCCUGCUACCAUUUAUGCAAGCUUCAACAGCCAAAAUCCAGGAGUACAGAGAAUCCCAUCUACCAUUUUUGGUUCAGGUAUCAAUGAUGAGCUCUUGGAGAAGGCAUUUGGGAUCAGUAUUAAGCAAAUUGGAAAGAUGAGAAGGAAAUUCUUCCCUUAA